UCGUUUCAAUCAGUUCCCCUAGGGUUUCGAAUCGCCUCAAAACCUUCAACCUGAUUCCCCAGUGCGACCACCCCAGGUCUAGACCAGCGAGAGAGCAGAAAUCCGAUGCCAUGGGAGGUAAAUGCCCGCACAGGAAAGUGAAGAAGAGACGCCUCUCACACAAAACUGCUCGUCGCACCAAGUUCCUCCUCAAAGGCGACGACGCCGUGUAUGAGGAGCUGAAGAAGCCGGAUGAGCAGCGACAGCCGUUGCCCGUGGAUGAGGAUCUCCCCGGGAUGGGCCAGUACUAUUGCGUGCACUGCGACCGAUAUUUUCCGAAUGUCGCUACAAGGGACGAGCAUUUCAAGACCAAGCGCCAUAAGAAACGUGUGAAGCAAAUGAUGGGUCCUGCGCCACAUACUCAGCUUGAUGCUGAGUUAGCUGCAGGGAUGGGCAUGCCUGAUAAUGGUCCAAAGCUUAUGUCGAUGUGAGCUAUCUGUUUAUGAGCCCAUAUGGAUCGGGCUAGCCAUUUUGGUGCAGCGAGGAUUUUCUUUUUAAAUUUUGUUGUUAGUUAGCUUAUAAGUGUACAUGCAGCUAGUGCUUUGAUAUGGGAGUCUUUUUAGUUGCAUUCGCUCGAGGAACAAGCAAGCGAGCCUGUUCAAUAGACCUAUCUGACUAGCGGUAGCUGAUAAAAGGUGAUCUCCAGAAGGUUUUGGCUGCUACAUAUUAAGACAGGGCAAGUGAGAUUUUGUUAUUGGAUUGAAAUUGCGUGUUUUCUUGUGUUA